GUGAGAAACCGAUGCAGAGAAACCAGGGAGAAAGAGGAGACAGAUAAGUCUCGAAACUUAAAUGUCUUCUUAUGAUUUCAAUUGGGUUUAAGUAGGUUCUUCUUUGAAAUAGUUAAUAAGGGGUAAGGUCCAUGAAUAUGUGAAUACAUCUCAUCAUAUAUCAAUAGGAGCUAGUGGUUUGAGAACGAGCGUGAGCUUAAUGGCGCCGGGGCUUUAUGAAGCUUCACUGAGAGGUGAUGUUAAACUCCUCGACAAGUUGCUUAAUGAAAAUUCACGUCUUCCUCUUGAUGAAAAAUUUACAGCUCACAAGAGAACUGCUUUACACAUAGCAGCUAUGUGUGGCCAUGUCAAGUUUGCGGGAGAACUUUUAAGGAGAGACAGAGAACUCAUAAUGGCGCAAGAUUCGCAUGGAUUUACUCCUCUUCACCUGGCUUCUGCAAGACAAUGCCCUUCUAUGGUGAAGAAAUUGUUAGAUUCCAACAGUGAUGCUUGUAUGGUACAAGAUAAUGAACGGCGGACACCUCUACAUUUAGCAGCAACGAAAGACAGAGUUAACAUCAUGAAGGCGUUGAUUAACCUGAAACCGGAAGCAAUACACUUCCAAAAUGGUCGAAAUGAGACCAUACUACACCUUUGCGUUAAACAUAACAGUUUAAAUGCCCUAAAAUUUUUGGUUGAGGAUUUGCCAUCAGCGGGUUCACCAACUUUGAACAACCUUAUUCGUCCAUUUAUUAACUCGAGAAACAUUGAUGGCAACACAAUUUUGCACCUUGCUGUACAAAUGGAGCUUGAUGCAGAAACGAAGCCCGCUCCAGAAAUGAAGCGAAUGAAGUUUAUAAAGUACUUAGUGGAGAGUAAGGACAUCGGAAUCGAUAUAGAUACUUUAAAUAAUGAGCACGUCAAAGCAUUACAUAUGUUUCCAGAGGCAGAAAGAGAUGGUCUUGAAAUUGGUUGGUUUGAUCAUAAGAGGAAGAAAACAAAUCCUUCCGAUCAGCAGAGAUGGAUGCUAGAGAAAGUGAAUGCCUUAAUGGUUGUUGCAACAUUGGUAGCAGGAAUCGCCUUUACAGCUGCUAUGAAUCCACCAGGUGGUGUUUUUCAAGAAGACUCCAAAAUCAAGGCUAGUGAAAAUCCUGUUAUUUUUACUUAUUAUUUAAGGUCUGUGGCUAAGUCCACUAAGUCUGGUCGCUUUGGUCGAUACCUAGAUCAACAAGAACUAACCCAGAGCCAAAAUAUGAUGAAUAGCACCGAUUUUCUUCAAGAUCUGUUAACCACACUAGAUAAUGAUACUUAUACUGCUUAUUCACCUUAUGUGAUGGGAAAAUCACCAGGUAUUGUUCUGGGACAUGAGAAGUGGAACAAAAUCAUUUCCAAGUAUAAGCUUAGGUUUUCCCCUUAUUUAAUACGUUACGCUGGGACACCAGUAUUGGCUUACAGAAAUCCGAGAAUAUACAAUCUCUACAUGACUUAUAAUGCAAUUGCAUUCCUAGUCUCCCUGAGCAUAAUAGUGUUAGUUAUAAGUGGGUUUAUCGACACUGAAAAAACUACUAAUCACCAGGUUAGAGUUCUCAUAGGGAUGAUGGUUGUUUCAAUCACCGCUUGGCUCUUAAGUUUUAUUUCUGUUUUCAUCAGUAUGUCUCCCCCUUUUUACAUCAAUCAUCCAUUACUGAGUCAAGCAUUCAUUAUAAGCAUUGUCACCCUGGUGAUUUGUACGUACGGAUACAAUUUCUUGAUGAAAGCCAAACAUUUGAUUACAAUUCUAUGGUGGAAGAUUAUGCAUAAAGAUAGAUUAAUUGACCAGUUCCAGAAAGAGGAUAGUGCAUUACAUAGUGAUCACAUGAGUCUGAUGACAAAGGGAGUAUUCCUAAAGUUUAUGCCGGUUUUUUAUUUGAUACUUCUAGCCACUUUGUCACUUCCUUUUCUAUAUGGUUACACAAAUCGAGCAUAAGUCUCCAUGUGUUGUUAGUAAAAUGUCAUUGUAAUCCCCUAUUAGGGUUAUUUAUUGGUGUUAAUAUAACAAGUUUCUGUUAAGCA